AUGGCGGCGUACCCGUCGUGGCCCGAGGACCUCUUUGGUACGCCCGUCGAUUGCACUGCGCCGCUGCAAAGCGUCGGCAAGCAGCGACCGCCGCCGCCAACGCUCCGGCCUGUCGUGCAAGACGUUGGCGACCAGCGCCGGCUAUGGCAAGGGCAGCCGCACCUGAGCGACAGCCAGCGCGAAAUUCUGACGCAACCGCGCACCUGCGCAUUUCAAAUCGUGUGCAAGCAAGCCAAGGCGACGCGCAAGUGCUACCACUGCACCAAGUUUGACCCGACCAAGACCGGGCUCUACUGCGAUGCGUGCUUUGACGCCCGUCACCCGCCCGUGCGCAUGGACCAUUCGUGGAGCCUGCUUGACGACGAUGACGAAGAGAAGCAGUGGCUGGCCCACCUCGCGCGGCACAAGAUGGCACAGGACUACAAGGAGCUCGAGCUGCUGCUUGGCCACACCACGUCCUUCCUCGCAUCGUCGACGCAACAAACCCGCAACAACAACCGCGACGAACACGUCGAGAGAGCGUUCAAGGACAUGAAGGCGAUCGACCACAACAUUCGGGAACUCAUGCACGAUGUGGAGACGCAGCUCCGCGUGCGCAACUUGCCACAAGCCAUCGCUGUGCGCAAAAUCCAGGAUAUGUGGAAGGUCCGGAAGGCGCGGAACCGCCUCAAGCUCAUGAUCCAAAGCAUCUACGCCGAGAUGGUCGACCCCAGUUCCGGACAAGUAUACUACCUCAACAAGCGCACCCACCAAGUCCGGUGGGAUAAGCCCAAAGCGCUGCAAAGCACGAGUGUUCCCAAGCGCAAGCGAAGGCUAUGCGAGGCCGACGCCGCUCUGUACAUUCAGCGCGCGUUUCGAUCGAUGCGCGCUCGAAAGGCCGUGCGGCGGCUCUUGCGCCGCGUCUACGUCAAGCUCCAAGACCCGGCGACCGGCAUCUUUUACUACUACAACAAGCACACCAAGACAACGUCGUGGACGAAACCUAAGCUCUUGGGCAGUGAAGAGUACGACGCGCCGCGCCGCCGGCCCUUGACGCCAAAUGAAGCUGCCGCUAUGAUUCAGCGCAUGCUGCGGUGCGCGGUCGCUCGGCGCCACCUGCGACGGCUCCUCUCGCGCGUCUACCAAAAGAUUUACGAGCCAAGUCUCGGACGACACUACUACUUCAACGUCAAGACCAAGCUCGUCACGUGGACAAAGCCGCGGUGCAUCGACGACGCCGAGCUCCUCACGCCCCGGUCGUUUGCGCAGCUCGCGGCCGACGAAGACGCGGCGGCGCGCCUCCAGCGACUGACGCGCAUACGGGCCUUCUCGCUCGAGGAUGCGGCGUCGUACGUGCAACGCCGGAUUCGGGUCCACCAAGCACGUGCCCGCCUGCGCAAGAUGGCUCAAGACGCCUACGUUGCCAUUUUCGAUCCGACUUCGGGCGGCUACUUCUACCACAAUACGAGGACUGGCGUCGUCUCGUGGAGCCGCCCAGCCAUUCUCGGCAGAGACCCUGGUCCUUUUUAAACUAAACGUAUUGUUCAGUUCUACUUGGA